AUGGAGCGUCUUCCGGGCUUCAAUGUGGCAAACCACUUCGAGAAGCGUCAGCUUCUCAUCGCCAUCAACUGCAUUGCAGCUCUGUCCAUUUUCUUCUUUGGUUAUGACCAAGGAAUGAUGGGCGGUGUAAACAAUGCCAAGCACUACAUUGACCUUAUGGGAUUUGGUUAUGUUGAUGAAGAGACCGGAGACCCCGUCGUGACAGACAGUCUGUUGCAAGGCGGUAUUGUGUCUGUUUACUAUCUUGGUACUCUCUUCGGCUGCCUUCUAGGUGGUUGGGUUGGUGACAAGAUUGGUAGAAUCAAGACUAUUGCUCUUGGUUCCGUCUGGGCUAUUAUUGGAGCCGCCUUGCAAUGCUCUGCUCAGAAUGCCAACUGGAUGAUCUGCUCUCGUGCCGUCAACGGUAUUGGAACCGGUAUCCUGAACGCCAUUGUUCCUGUCUGGGCUACUGAGACUGCUGAGCACACUUCUCGUGGUCAGUUCAUCGCCAUCGAGUUCACCCUCAACAUCUUUGGUGUCGUGGUUGCCUACUGGCUCGAGUUCGGUCUCUCCUUCAUCGAUGGAGGUGCCUCUCCGUUCCGCUGGCGAUUCCCCAUCGCUUUCCAGAUCAUUCCUCUCCUCUUCCUGUUCGGCCUGGUCUGGUUCUUCCCCGAGUCUCCUCGCUGGCUCGUCAAGGUCGGCCGCGACGAUGAAGCCCAGUACAUCCUCCGCCGUCUGCGUGGAUCUGAUGAGACCGAGAUUGUUCGUGCCCAGGCUGAGUAUCAGGACAUCAAGAACAUUGUUCAGCUCGAGAACAAGGAGUCUUCCAAGAACUCUUACAUCCACAUGCUGUUUGGUAUUGGCUCUGGAGAGCUCCACACUGGACGUCGUGUGCAGCUUGUUAUCUGGCUUCAAAUCAUUCAAGAGUGGGUUGGCAUCGCUGGUGUCACUGUUUACGCUCCCACAAUCUUCCGAAUUGCUGGCUUCAGCUCAGAGAAGUCCCAAUGGAUCAGUGGUCUCAACAACAUCUUCUACAUGUUCGCCACACUCAUAUGCGUCUUCACGCUUGACCGCAUCGGUCGCCGUUGGACACUAUACUGGGGCGCUGUCGGUCAGGGUAUUGCCAUGUUCCUUGCUGCUGCCUUCUCCAAGCUUGGCCAGGACGCAUCGCGAGACGGAGACACGGCUAAGGCGAACUCUUACGGAGCUGCUGCUGCCUCGUUCGUCUUCAUCUUCACCUCUGUGUUCGGCGCUACUUGGUUGACUGUCCCUUGGCUGUACCCUGCCGAGAUCUUCCCCCUUCAAGUCCGAGCCAAGGGUAACGCCUGGGGAGUCUUUGGUUGGAGUAUCGGCAACGGCUGGCUCACCCUCCUCUGCCCUGUCAUGUUCUCCAACAUUGGCGAGAACACUCUGCACAUCUUUGGUGCCUGCAACUUGCUGGCUAUCCCUAUGGUCUGGGCCCUCUACCCCGAGAGUAACCAGCGAACUCUUGAGGAGAUGGAUCUUCUCUUUGCCGCUGACACGCCUUGGGUCUGGGAUGCUGAGAAGAAGUUUGCUGAGCUGAAGGCUGAGAAGCCGGAGCUUAUUACCGCUUCUGGUCAUGGUCGGGGCGUCAUGGAUGUUGAGACCGCUGAGGGUAAGGUUACCUCUGGAGAGGAAGAGUAA